AUGGACUCGUUUACCGUCGUAACGAUCCCCGCGACGUCAUCCGAAACUAGCAACGUUCCCGUCUCUCGCGAGAAUAACUACAGCAGUCGCACAUUCUGCGUCAUUUCCCAACGCGAUGACAUCGAGUCUGCACCGGUGGACGCAGAGUCUUCUUAUUCUAGCCGGACAUUCUGCGUUAUCGCCUAG